GCACGCAUUGCAAUAUUUAUUCAAAUUCAAACAUUUACUCCUAAGAUAACAAUGGCUGUUCAAAUUUCCAAAGAUAAUCUAUCUUUACUAUCAAAUUCCGAAUUAAAAGAUGUGGUUUUGAAUUGUAUGAGCAUAUUAGAAGAUCAUACAUUGCCAAAAGGUCAAACACACCAUUCUUUAAACAAAAGCAACCAGAACACCUUUGAUGAAACAAAAAAUCAACCACAUACAAACAAAGAGGUAAAUCAAAAUGAAAAAGACGAUAAUAAAUCUAUUGAAGAGGAAUUUGAGUUUUUAGACCAUCCAAUGAUAUCACCAUUUGUUACUCCUCAAAUCAAUCAAAACAAAAAAUAUCAAAAAAAUUCAUUAUCAUCAACCUUACCAUCACCUAUUUUCGUUCCAGAGCCAGUUCCUUUUCUAGAUUCAGAAAACAAACCAAAAGAAACUCAAAACCAAAUGUCAAAUAAAAAUCCAAUGGAAUAUUUUAUUCUCACAUCUGCUAAUAUAAAUCUUAUUGAUUUUUCCGUACUAAGCUCUGUUGAAGAAUCAGCUCUUGGUUCAAAAUUUAAAUGUGAGAAAUUAAUCAAUGGCAUAAACCAAGAAUCAUUUGGUAUAAGUGAAAACAAAAGUAUAGAUGAAAUCAAAAAAAUUGAAAAUGACAAUUUAUAUUAUCAUCAUCAUUAUUCAAAUACUCAUUCUGUUCCUUAUUCUUAUGACCCCUGUUUUUCUCAUCUUUUCUCUGCUCUACCACCACAUAUAUUUUGGAAAACUAAUGCAAAAGCCCAAGACUCUAAUUACUAUACUAAUUCUUGGUGACUUACCAAUAUAACCGAACGCUGCCACGUAUACAAGAAAGGGAAAUAUAAAUGCCCCUUCUUCUUUCUCCUGGCUAACGUUAAUAAGACGAAUCAUCUUUCAACAAACAGACACAAAACGUGUAUUUACUUUAAACCGUACUAUACAUAGAGACGCAUAGAUAUCGAAAAUUUACCCAGAUGUAAGGAUGUACGCACUGAGAAGAAACGUGACUAACGAAUGGAGAAA